AUGAGCAGCAAUAGUCUGACAAGAAUCGCCAUUGUCAACGAAGACAAGUGCAGACCAAAGAAAUGCCGUCAAGAGUGCCGUCGAUCUUGCCCUGUAGUGCGUACCGGAAAAUUGUGUAUUGAAGUGGCUCCUAACAGUCGUAUCGCCUAUAUCAGUGAAACCUUAUGUAUUGGUUGCGGUAUUUGCGUCAAGAAAUGUCCAUUUGGCGCUAUUAAUAUCAUUAAUUUGCCUACCAACCUUGAGAAAGAAGUCACUCAUCGUUAUGCUGCAAACACUUUCAAACUUCAUCGUCUGCCUACUCCUCGACCUGGUCAAGUUUUGGGAUUGGUUGGUACCAACGGUAUUGGUAAAUCAACCGCUUUGAAGAUUAUGUCUGGUAAACUUAAACCCAACUUGGGUAGAUACGAUAAUCCUCCUGACUGGGCUGAAAUUGUUAAAUACUUCCGUGGUAGUGAGCUUCAAAACUUCUUCACUAAAGUUAUUGAAGACAACAUCAGGGCCUUAAUUAAGCCUCAGUACGUUGAUCACAUCCCUCGCGCCAUUAAAGCUGGUGACAAACGCGUUGGCGCACUUUUAAAAUCCCGUGCAAGCAAUGACAACUAUGAAGACGUUAUCGGCCAUAUGGACUUGAAGCAUCUUGAGGAUCGUGAAGUCCAACACCUUUCAGGUGGUGAGCUUCAACGUUUCGCUAUUGCUGCCGUAGCUACUCAAAAUGCAGACGUAUACAUGUUUGACGAACCCUCAUCUUAUUUGGAUAUUAAACAGCGUCUUAAGGCUGGUCGGGUCAUUCGUAGUCUACUGGGCACCACCAACUAUGUUAUUGUUGUUGAACACGAUCUGUCCGUUUUGGAUUACCUCUCUGAUUUUGUUUGCGUACUCUACGGUGUCGCUUCAGUUUAUGGUGUUGUUACAUUGCCUUACUCGGUUCGUGAAGGUAUCAACAUUUUCUUGGAUGGCAACAUUCCCACAGAAAACUUGCGUUUCCGUAGUGAAGCUUUGACUUUCCGCUUGGCCGAUGCUGCCGAUGAAUUUGUAAGUGAAAGGACUGCCGAAUAUAACUACCCUAAUCAUGUCAUUCAACAAGGUGAUUUCAAACUUUCUAUUGGUGCUGGCGGUUUCUCUGAUGCUGAAAUUGUUGUCUUGCUUGGUGAAAACGGUACUGGUAAGACCACCUUUAUCAAAUACAUGGCCAAGACUUCUGAACUUAAGGUCAGUAUGAAGCCUCAAACCAUUGCACCCAAGUUCCAAGGUACAGUUCGACAAUUAUUCUUCAAGAAAAUCCGCUCUGCUUUCUUGAGUGCCAAAUUCCAAACUGAAGUUUGUAGGCCGCUCAAUAUUGACAGCAUUAUCGAUCAAGAGGUCCUCAAUUUGUCAGGUGGUGAAUUGCAGCGUGUUGCUAUUUGCUUGGCUUUGGGUAUGCCCGCCGAUAUAUAUUUGAUUGACGAACCCUCUGCCUAUUUGGAUUCUGAACAACGUAUCAUUACUUCCAAGGUUAUUAAGAGAUUCAUUGUCAACUCUCGUAAGACUGCCUUCGUUGUUGAACACGACUUUAUUAUGGCUACUUACUUGGCUGAUCGUGUUGUUCUAUUUGAAGGUCAACCUUCCAAGCAUGCUCAAUGUAACCCUCCCCAAUCUCUUCUUACUGGUAUGAACUCCUUCUUGAGAAACUUGGAUGUUACCUUCCGUCGUGAUCCCAACACUCUUCGUCCUCGUAUCAAUAAGUAUGAAAGUCAAAUGGAUAAGGAACAAAAGGCUGGUGGUAACUACUUCUUCCUGGAAAAUUAA